CUGCAGGCCAGAUAAUCCUGAUUCGGACCCGGUACCGGGUCAGAAUGUCUCAGAUUAACAGAUGAAUCAGUUUCUGCUCUGGUUCCUAAAUGCUUGGAGUCGGUUUUCUCUGCAGGACUCACUGCAGAAAGUUUAUGUUCUCCUGCAGCAUAUCAGCCUGCAGAUUCUCAGAAAAAGGAAGCGUCGACCCACUGAUCUCCUUGAUUGGUGUGUCACAGCUGAAGCUCCACCUGCUGACAAACCACAGAGUCGAACUUCCUGUUAAACCGUCUGCAGCUUCCACUUCGCUGCUUUAUUUCCCCUCUUUGUGCAUCUAAUGCUCCCAGUUACACAUUUCAAGGCUGGUUUCUGAAACAUGAGCAAGAAAAAGACAUUUCAGUGUCAUUCAGCUGCAGGAGCUUCUCUUCCAGGCAACCAGCAGGGGGCGCUUCGUCAGCAGCUGCUGCAGCCUGUAGAGCAGCAGCUGCUGAACAGUCCAAGUUCUGGUGAGAAGUCGGGUCUGGGGAGUCGGCUGGAGAUGAAGUGAUGAGAUAGAAACAGCAGGAGGAAGAGGAGGAAGAGGAGGAGCAGGAGGAAGAGGAGAAGAAGGAGGAGGAGCAGCAGCAGGAGGUCCAACCAGAGGAACUUCUGCAUCAGACGUUGCAACAGACACCGACAGCAGGAAGCACACAUGACACCCUGAACGUCACUCUGCUUCAGCAGCCAGACCCGUCGGACCGGAGCCACCGGAGACCGGUCAGAACCGAGACACGGGCCCAACAGAACCAGAGCAGAACCACAAGAGCUGCAGGAGGAGGAAAGCAGAAGUUUAAAGAGGUAAAAGGAGAAGCAAGUGGAGGCAGACAAACCCGGACCUCUGACCAGAACCAGAACCAGGGAGGAGGUGCAGAAAGGCUGAGGACGGUGGAGCAGCGGGUGGAGCGCGAUGGAGGAGGACAUCAGGAAGCAGGGGAUGCUCUUCCUCCAGCAGCAGCGUUUCGGGAAGAAGUGGAAGCGGGUGUGGUGCGUCCUGUACCGGGAGAGCUCCUGCUCCAUCUCCAGGAUGGAGUUCUUUGAGUGUAAAGACGGAGGCAACGUGGAGAAGAACGACAAGACUCUGCGCAAGCAGCAGGAGAGCAAGAAGGUGAUCCGGCUGGCGGACUGCAUCCGGGUCUCGGAGGUGGAGGUGGACGGCGGGCCGCGGGACACCGGCGCCUUCCUGGUGGAAACCACGGAGAAGAUCUUCGUGUUCGCCGCGGAUCGGAACCAGCUGGACGACUGGACCCACCGGCUGUGUGAGGUCGCCUUCCCUGUAGGUACACCCGGUUCUGAUCGGCCCGAUCAGCCAGCCGCUGAGGCAGCUCAGCCGUUCCCACCCACAGGCCGGUUCUGGUUCUGGUUCUGGUCUGACAAGAAAGAGGAAGAAGGUCCGAGAGCGGUUCUGAGCCGGACCUGUCCUCUGAAAGUAGAACCAGCUGAGGUCAGGGGUCACAAAGGGUUGGUUCUGGUUCAGAAUGUUUGACCGUCCUCUGGCGAUCAACUGGACCACGACCAGAACCUCAUCCAGAACCUCAGCCGGUCCAAACUGAUUGUCCUCCGAUUCUACCAGCAGAACCAGCACCGUGGUACCACACGGUUCUGCUGGAAGCUCUGGACCGAUCAGAACCGAUCAGAACCGAUCAGAACCUGAUAAUUGAGGGUUUCUCUGUGAGAUUAUAAUCUGGAUCAUCAGGGAAGCUGAGCAGCAGAAUCUGAUCUGAGCGUUUUGGAUCAGAUGAAGGAUUUGAACUGGAUUAUGAAGAAUCAUCAUCAUGGAUCAGAUUAUAGAUUAUAGAUUAUCAGCUCCACUGCUGGACAGCAUGUUGGUCAUUCUGACGGAAGGAAAUCGGUUUAAUCUGAGAUUUAAAUGACAUCCUGGUUAAAAUAACUCAGAGCUUCUUUACUUGAUCGGAUCAGUGAUCCACUGAUCAGGUUCUGCUCAGAGGUUCUGGUCCAGAAACAGUCGGGUCAGAAUUUAAAGCAGGAAGUUUGGAGCCAUCCAGGUUUUAGUGAUGCAGCAAUCAGGUAUCAUAUUAAUCUGGUAGAAAAUAAAUCAGCUUCAGUUGUUUCUGCAGCGCUGCAGUCAGACUCAGCAGGG